UCUCACUCUGACAGCGGGAAGAGUCCUUCAGGGGACCCAGACCAGGGUCCUUCAGGGCAAUCAGACCAAUCAGAGGCUCCCAAACCAGCAGGACAACAUCACUGCUCCCACUGUGGAAGGAAUUUUACUAAGUUAGGGAGCCUGAAGAAACAUGAGAGGACACACACAGGGAAAAAUACUUUCCAAUGUUCCGAGUGUGGGAAAGGUUUUCUUUGGUUAUAUCACCUUAAACGGCAUGAGAGGACACACACAGGAGAAAAACCUUUCCAGUGUUCAGAGUGUGGAAAGAGUUUUAACGAAUUAGGGUACCUGUUAAUACACAAGAGAAUACACUCGGGAGAGAAGCCUUACCACUGCUCCAAAUGUGGAAUGACUUUUACCUGGUUAGGGAGCCUGAAAACGCAUGAGAGAAUACACACUGGAGAAAAUCCUUUCCUAUGUUCUCACUGUGGAAAGAGUUUUAGCCAGUUAGGGAACCUAAAUAGGCACAAGGGGACACACACAGGAGAGAAGCCUUACCAAUGCUCUCAGUGUGGAAAGAGUUUUAGGGGUUUAGUGAGCCUGAAACAGCAUAAGAGAAUACACACAGGAGAGAAGCCUUACCACUGUCCCCAGUGUGGAAAGAGUUUUAGAUGGUUAGGCACCUUGAAAAUGCAUGAGAGGACACAUACAGGAGAAAAGCCUUACCAAUGCACCAUGUGUGGAAAGAGGUUUACCCAGUUAAAGUCCAUGAAAUUACACGGGAGGAUACAUACAGGAGAGAAGCCUUACCACUGCUCCCACUGUGGAAUGACUUUUACCUGGAUAAUAAACAUGAAAACUCAUGAGAGAAUACACACAGGAGAGAAGCCUUAUCAAUGUUCCGAGUGUGGAAAGACUUUCAGGGGUUUAGUAAACCUGAAACAGCAUGAGAGGACACACCCACAAGAAAAGCCCUACCAAUGCUCCCUGUGUGGAAAGAGUUUUACCAAGUUAGGGGGCCUGACUAGGCAUGAGAGGACACACACAGGAGGAGAAGACAUACCACUGCUCUCAUUGUGGAAAGACAUUUUCCGACCAGACUCUCACUCUGACAGCAGGAAGAGCCCUACAGCGGAACCAGACCCAGAGACGCCCAAACCAGCGAGACGAUAUCAGUGCUCCCACUGUGAAAAGAGUUUUAGCUGGUCAGGGAACCUCAAAGCUCAUGAGAGGACACACACAGGAGAAAAGCCUUUCCAAUGUUCCCAGUGUGGAAAGAGUUUUACCGUGUUAAAUAGCCUGAAAAGGCAUGAGAGAAUACACACAGGAGAAAAGCCAUUCCAAUGUUCCCAUUGUGGAAACAGUUUUACCCUGUUAAAUAACCUGAAAAUGCAUGAAAGAAUACACACAGGAGAAAAGCCUUUCCAAUGUUCCCAGUGUGGAAAGAGUUUUACCAUGUUAAAUAGCCUGAAAAGGCAUGAGAGAAUACACACAGGAGAAAAGCCUAUCCAAUGUUCCCAGUGUGGAAAGAGUUUUACCAUGUUAUAUAACCUGAAAAGGCAUGAGAGAAUACACACAGGAGAAAAGCCUUAUCAAUGUUCCCAAUGUGGAAAGAGUUUUACUCAGAUAGGGCACCUAAAACAGCAUGAGAGAAUACACACAGGAGAAAAGCCUUACCACUGCUCCCAGUGUAAAAAGAGAUUUUCCCGAUCAGAUGACCUAAAAGCUCAUGAGUGGACACACACAGGAGAAAAGCCUUUCCAAUGUUCACAGUGUAAAAAGCGUUUUACUGUGUUAGCUAACCUGAAAAGGCAUGAAACAAUACACACAGGAGAAAAGCCUUAUCAAUGUUCCCAAUGUGGAAUUAGUUUUAUUCAGUUAGCUACCCUGAAGGAGCAUAAGAGAAUACACACAGGAGAAAAGCCAUUCCAAUGUUCCCAUUGUGGAAAGAGUUUUACUCAGAGAGGGUAUCUAAAAGUGCAUGAGAGAAAACACACAGGAGAAAAGCCUUACCACUGCUCCCAGUGUGGAAAGAGUUUUACCUGGUUAAUGAGCCUGAAGGAGCAUAAGAGAAUACACACAGGAGAAAAGCCAUUCCAAUGUUCCCAUUGUGGAAAGAGUUUUACUCAGAGAGGGUAUCUAAAAGUGCAUGAGAGAAUACACACAGGAGAAAAGCCUUACCACUGCUCCCAGUGUGGAAAGAGUUUUACCUGGUUAAGGAGACUGAAGGAGCAUAAGAGAACACACACGAAAAAAGCCCCACCACUUCUCACUCUCUGUGUGGAAGGACAAUUUCCCAGUCAGAGAACCUGAAAUCACAUUAGAGAAUAGAGAGGCUGUGUUCUGACUUAUGUUUUUAACUGACAAUUUGUGUUUUUGUCUAUGCCACAUGAAAUCAUUUUGUUUAUAUGAAUUCUUACUCAAAAAUAGGCAUAUUUUUGUUUUUUCACCUCGAGGCCUGAUCAUAUCUAAAAUCAGAUUAAAUACUAUAAAAUGUGUAUUUUGUUUUGGUUAUGAGCUUUAAUGCAUUGGUUACAGGUAUAAACCCUCAGUUGUUCAUUAUAUAAUUUGGAUAUUGCUAAAUGUAAAUUAUUAUAUAGAUGAAUGGAACUUUGCAUUUCUUGAUUCUAACCUUGAAACCUAUAGACUUUGAUUUGAUAUAUAAGAUUAGGCUUUUGCUAAAUGAAUUUGAUUGAAAUUGAUUGGAUAUAUGAUUUGGAUAUUGCAAAAUGAAUUUGAUUACAUGAUUUGAAUAUUGCAAAAUGUAAAUGAUGAACUAGAUUCAUAGCAUGUGCAUUUCUUGAUUCUAACAUUGAAACCUUUUGAAUUGACUUGUUGUGUUUCAUUGAGUUAGUUUGUGUACUAGACGUCAAGCCAAAGGAAUAUGAAAAUGUGAUGAUGUUGUUCUGAGAACAUUGAUAAGUUGUUGACCUGAAAAACAUUCACUACCUCAUGAAUGUUCCAAACAGUAUUAUUCCACCAUGUCAGAGAGAACUGGUGCUGAUUGUAAAAAGGAUUUUAUUAAUGCAGCGUAAUUUUAUCUGAAUAGAAAUAAAAUCACAUGAGAGAAUA